CCACCGCGAGCGAAACGACGCCAUUCGACGACGCGACCGCGGUUGAAACGAACGACGACUCGACCGUCGAUCGCGCGCGCGCGCGACGGCGGCGCGCGCGCGCGAGGCGCGCGCGCGGAACGAAUCCGAAUCGCGCGUCGGUAAUCGAACGUCAUGACGGAUGCGCCGAGCGCGUUCACGACGAAGCUGGCGUCGCUGAACGGGAGCGCGCAGUCGAUCGAGACGCUCUCGCACUGGUGCAUCUUUCACAGGAAAAACGCGCGGACGCUGGCGGGGACGUGGGACGAACGGUUGCGCGCGGCGGCGUCGAAGCAAAAGUUGCCGUUUUUGUACCUCGCGAGCGAUAUCGUGCAAAAGAGCCGGAAAAAGGGACCGGAGUGGGCGGACGCGCUGGUUGGGUACAUGCCGGAUGCGUGUAAACACGCGGUGGAGCACGGAGACGGGACGACGACGGAGAAGGUGAAGAAGUUGUUGCGCGUGUGGGGCGAGCGACAGUGCUUCCCGGGGGCGAGCACCGAGUCGUGGUUGGACGGCGCGAGCGACGGUGGUGGUGGCUCGACCGCGGUGGCGGCGAAAGUCGCGGCGCCGGCGGCGACGAGCGCGGCGCCGGUGGCGAAAAAGAACAAGAAUGAUUUGGCGGAAGUGCCGGCGCUGAGCGGCGACAACGCCGCGCUCGCGAAACUUUUGGUCAAGAUGGAGAACGCCGAGCGCGACGUCGCCGCGGCGAGCGAACGCUUCGAUGCGGACGUGCGAGAGGAGCUUUUAGACGAGACGAACGUAGAAAACGCGGAGGACCCAGUCGGGAUGUUGCGAGCGGUGCAGUGCUGCGAGAGCGCAAUCGUCUUCAAGCGAAACGCCGUCGACACCAUGACGGAAACCUUGGACACGCUCGAGAAGAAGCUCCGCGCCGCGCUCGCGCGCGUCGAAGCCGCGCGUGAAUCUCAAAGCGGCGUCAACAUGGGCGAACUGACGCAAAUGAUGAUCAAGGCGCUCAAGGCGCGUAAGAAGGCGUCCAAGCGAAACGCCGACUUCAUCGUGCGACAAAUCGCCAGCGAAGCCGGCGACGCCCCGCUUCCCGAGCCCGUCGAUUUCGACGCCGACGCCGACAAUUACGACCCAUCGGACGCGCCGGACGAAUACCAUCCCCCCGACGAGUCCAACAAGCGUCCUAGACGUUGACGCGCGAC